AUGGCUGACGCUUCGCUCUUCUCCGCUGACCUCAUCUCCCCUGAGGUGGCAGCAGCUCUCCCCGAGGGCUACAAGCUGCGCGCCCUCGAGAAGAGGGACUACAAUGACGGCUUCCUCGACUGUCUCCGUGUCCUCACCACCGUCGGCGACUUCUCGCAGGAGAAGUACGACGCCCAGUUCGACAAGCUCAAGGCCCAGGAGAGCUACUACAUCGUCGUCAUUGAGGACCCCUCUCGCGUCGCCGAGGGCAAGAAGCCCAUCGUCGCCACCGGCGCCCUCAUCAUCGAGCACAAGUUCAUCCACAGCCUUGGCGCCGUCGGCCACAUCGAGGACAUCGCCGUCGCAAAGGACCAGCAGGGCAAGAAGCUCGGCCUCCGCCUGAUCCACGCCCUCGACUUCGUCGCCGAGAAGGUGGGCUGCUACAAGAGCAUCCUCGACUGCAGCGAGGCCAACGAGGGCUUCUACGUCAAGUGCGGCUUCCGCAGGGCCGGCCUGCAGAUGGCGCACUACUACGAGGGUGACAAGAGUAAAUCUCAAUGA